UUCCACGCCUCCCCUCCCACGCCUUCUUCCAAUCUUCCUCCUCCGGUUCCCCACCCAACCAAACCCUAGACCAACAAAGUCCCCGCACCCCACGCAGAUCCCAGCCCCGCCGACAGCCCCGAGCCCUAGAUCCAGCGAUCGAACGCCCGCCGGACCCGAUGAGCUCGUCGUCUCCGCCCGCGGCGGCGGAGGAGGUGCCGAUGGCGCCGGGCUUCCGCUUCCACCCGACGGACGAGGAGCUCGUCUCCUACUACCUGCGCCGCAGGGUCCUCGGCCGCCGCCUCCGGAUCGACGCCAUCGCCGAGGUCGACCUCUACCGGCUCGAGCCCUGGGACCUGCCGCCGCUCUCGCGCAUCCGCAGCCGCGACGCGCAGUGGUACUUCUUCGCGCGCCUCGACCGCAAGGUGGCCGGCGCCGGCGCCGGCGGCCGCGGGGGCCCCGGCAACCGCACCAACCGCGCCACCCCGCGCGGCUACUGGAAGACCACCGGCAAGGACCGCGAGGUCUUCCACCGCGGCCGAUAUGCAUGUGGUGUGUAGAAUCUUCCAGAAGGUUGGAUCUGGGCCUCAGAAUGGAGCACAGUAUGGUGCACCAUACAUGGAGGAGGAAUGGGAAGACGAGGAUGAUGCAAUUGAGAAUACACCUACCAGUGGUACAUCCACUGAAAUGCUUGCGAUCACGGAUGCUGCUAGUGCGGAAUCGAAUGUGGAAGAUGAGCACAUAUUUUCUGGAAUUAAUGAGUUUGUGCAAACCCCAGAAGUGCUCAUCCCACAAGAAAUUGCUCCUCUCCAAGCAAUUGCUCCUCUCCAAGUUCAAGAUUUUAAUGAGACUGGCAUGGGCAGCUAUGCUGACGGUGAUGUUCCUCUGAACGAGAUUCUGCAGGAGCCUGUGUCAGAUGUCAGUGUUGACAAUACAGGUGAACCUGAAGAGCAGAGUCCCCUUGAUGAUCACUUCAGUCUUGCGGAUUUGUCUGGAUGCCAUAAUCAAGAUGAUGGAUAUGUACGUCAGGCUGGCCAUACCAUGUGGAGUGACCCUUCAAUUGGUGAUCAGGCAUCUUAUCCUAUGAGAACUUAUGGUAAUCGAAACCAUGCCAAUAGGACUCUUAGUGAUGAGGAGUUCUUUGACACGGGAAAUGAUGCCAAUGCGUAUUCAGGACAGCAGCAAGCUUGUCCUUCAGAUGACCAGAACUUGUAUUCAGGACUGCAGCAAGCCUGUCCUUCGGAUGAGCAGAACUUGUAUUUGCAACCCAAUGGUCUGCCAUUUCCACAGCAAUUGGAUGACAACGCGCCGUUUUAUGAGACAUCAAGCGAUCACAAAUGGGAAGUUGGAAAGGAUGGUUAUGUAAAUGUGGAUGACAUUUCUCUCUUUGAGGAUGAUGAUAUCAUGGCUCUCUUAAAUGCCUCAGAUGACGAUUUCAGUUCAAAUCUUUUGGGCCCAGUUGACGGCUCUAAUUCUCAACUUCCAGCAGCAUCGAACUUUGACCAGAAGGAUGAAGCAAAGGCUCAAUAUGCCGCGUCUUCGUCUGGUUCCCAUGAGAACCUUUAUCCAGACACCAUGGUUCCAGAUGUGCCAGUGGAUGACAAUGCUGGCAAAAGAUACUUCACAAACAUGCUGGGUUCAUACCCAGCCCCACCUGCAAUGGCUUCGGAAUUCCCGCCAACCACAGGAAAAUCCAUCGCCGCGCUCAGCGGGCCUAGUCAGAUUCGUGUCACAGCGGGCAUCGUCCAGCUCGGUGACCACACCGAUAACUCGGACCACUGGCCCCUGCAGAAGAAUGGAGUCUUCAAUCUGCUCCUUUCUUUCACGGUGGAGAGCAACGUGUCUACGAAGUCCAUUACUUUUGACGACGAGCCAGCCACCACACGGGUGAGCACCGUGCCGACGGUGCUGCGCGGCGGCCUGUACCUCUUCUUUGUCUCGGCCAUGAUCCUCAUGUUGAGUUUCAAAGUAGGGUCCUGCAUCUACAGCAGGUAAGUUAAGGGCCCGCCCCCGGGGCCGUUCUUAUUCUGGUUUAGCGGAACCAUACAUGGCUGCGCCCCCUCGACGACGGCGUGGGAGCAAACGACUCGAAGACAGUUUUACUUUUACGCACUUAGUUUGUCAAUGUCAUACGAUCCUGACUUGGUGAGAGGUAUAGUAAAAGCAAAUAAGCUCUCGAACUGGAGAAAGCCCCGGUCGCUUUGCACGCGCUCGGUGCUGGGACCUUUGUGCUUCAUCCUAGGACCUGUAAUUUAUUCUGUUUAUUUGGUCGCUGCUCAGAGUGUUUGGAAACCCGAACGAAUGUAACAUUGAUUAUAAACCAUGGUAUCUCUUGGUUGUUUGGCGUGUUGA